CUCAGAAUGUCCACUAGGAGGCUUGACUAACAAGGUAUUUGUGUCGACGCAAACAUUUAUGGCGUGAACUGUAAAAUAUAGAUGAAACGAUGCUUUAAAGGACACAAGCCUGCUGUCGGAGGACGAGGUGUUUGUUGGAUUAUCAAAGAUCAACCGUCUGCUCUUUUUAUUGGCCAGUGUAGUGCGCAUCUAUGAGCUCCCUACCGCCCUCCACUUCAGCCGUCAGUAGCCCUGUCAGCUCCGUAGAUUCGCCACUGUCAGCCGUCAGCUCAUCCAUCGGUUCUCCCGGCGUUCCCGGCACCCCAUCUGUCGGCUAUGGACCCAACAGCAACCCUCAGAUAAACUCCUCGAUGUCUGUCUCUGGGUUACAUGCUGUCAGUAGCUCUGAUGAUGUGAAACCCCCGUUUGGCCUAAAGUCUGUCGGUGGCUCCGGGCCAAUGCUGUCCCAGAAACGCAUGUGUGCCAUUUGUGGGGAUCGCUCAUCUGGGAAGCAUUAUGGUGUGUACAGUUGUGAAGGCUGUAAGGGUUUCUUCAAACGCACAGUGAGGAAAGACCUGAGCUACACCUGCAGGGACAACAAGGAGUGUCUGGUUGAUAAACGCCAACGCAACCGCUGUCAGUACUGCCGCUAUCAGAAGUGCCUGGCUACGGGAAUGAAAAGAGAGGCUGUUCAGGACGAGCGUCAGAAGGGGAAGGAACGGGAUGGGGAUUAUGAAUGCAGCAGCGCAGUGAAUGAGGAGAUGCCCGUGGAGAAGAUUCUAGAGGCUGAGACGGCCGUGGAGCACAGGACAGACCUGCACUCGGAUGUUACUGCUUCACCUAAUGAUCCAGUCACUAACAUUUGCCAGGCUGCAGACAAACAGCUCUUUACUUUGGUGGAGUGGGCCAAGAAGAUCCCUCACUUCUCUGAGCUGCCAUUGGACGACCAAGUUAUCCUCCUCAGGGCUGGAUGGAAUGAGCUUCUGAUCGCUGCAUUCUCUCAUCGCUCCAUCAGUGUAAAGGAUGAGAUCCUGUUGGCCACAGGUCUGCAUGUUUCCAGAGAAAGCACUCACAACUUGGGUGUGGAGGCCUUUUUUGACAGGGAGAGUGCACAAAGUGCAGAGGUGGGAGCUUUAUUUGACAGGGUGUUGACUGAGUUGGUCUGUAAGAUGCGGGAUAUGCAGAUGGACAAGACAGAACUCGGCUGUCUGCGCGCCAUAGUCCUGUUCAACCCAGAUGCCAAAGGUCUGACUAGCACCAGUGAGGUAGAGCUUCUCCGAGAGAAAGUUUACGCGUCCCUGGAGACCUACUGCAAGCAGAAAUACCCUGAUCAGCAGGGAAGAUUUGCCAAGCUUCUCCUCCGGCUUCCUGCAUUGCGUUCGAUUGGCCUUAAAUGUCUGGAGCACCUUUUCUUCUUCAAGCUGAUUGGAGACACCCCCAUUGACACUUUCCUAAUGGAGAUGCUGGAGUCACCCCACUAGCUGCAUCAGAGAGAGAGAGAGAGAGGUUUGGAGACAGGGAUUUUGCCCUAGGUCCUGGAGAUAACUGUGAUUGCACUUUUUCUUCCCAGGGGAAUUACAGCGAUUGGUCCGCCUCUGGUCCGGGGGUAUUUUUAUUGUUUUUGUUUUUUUUCUCUCUUGACUAUCUCUUAAGUGCACCACAGAAUCUAGAGACCCAAAACUCGCCAUGAAAAAUUUUGGUGCUACAUUUCAACAGUAAGCUAAUUCUUUAUAUAUAUAUAUAAAAAAACAAAAGUUUGUAAGUAUGAAAGCUCCAAUUAACUGACUGGUUUAGAUAAGCGGGGUUUACAUUUUGAUAGAACCAUUCGAGGCUUUUAAAACACUGUGGAGGAUAAGCUUUAAUCGUAUGUGCGUGCGCUUCACCAUCUCUUGAGUUUGGUGCUUUCGUCUUGUGUGGCUAUUUUAUUUUGCCCCGACCGACAAGGACUGACUGGUCACUUGGGCAGAGAGAUGAAUGAAUUCAUUCGGUAUUAUAGGUUUUAAUUGACAUUGCUUUGCCCAGUGCGAGGAAUCUGGCAAAGAGAUCUAUAUGCAAUGAAGCUUGAAAUGAUGCAAAACAGCAUAGAUGCAUAAUCUCCAAAAAAAAAAAACGCAAUUUUUACAGUAUACUGUGCAAUGUUAAGCAUAAAUACAGAGGUGGAUGUUAGGAAAAUCCAAGCACUCUUUUAUUAUCUCAUGCACUCAUUUUAUUAUCGCAUCAUGAGUGCCUAAUUGACAUAAGCUUGAUAUGUUUUUUAUUUAACAUACGAGAGAAGGAAGAAAACAAGGACAAAUCUCUCUUUAUGUCAUCAGCGAUUAUCGUACGAAGCAGGUCAAUUUCUUUCAUUCUUUCAGUUUUGCCUGAAGUGUCCUCGGCUAAAAUUGUCUUAAAACCUGCGUUGUUUUACUCUAGUUAACCGUCGUUUAAUAAAACACACUCUUUAUCACAUAUCAGGUAACUGUGUAAAAGUGAUAAUUCCUUAAGUAAACUGCACUAUACUAAAAAUGUCAUUCCUUUUUAGUUCUUGCUUUUUUUGACCAGGGUCAGGUGUUUUAUGUUUACUUUGGUGCUUAGGAAUGGACAAUUCAUGUGACAGCCCUGAAGAAAGCGCACAUUCAAAACAACAGCUAUAUUCAGCUUCACAGAGAUACUAAAUCUGAGCAAUAUAAAAAGUUCAUGGACACAUAGGACUUGCUUUUCUAUUUGGAAACCCUUUCAACUUGAAAUUUAUACUGUGCAGAUAUUGUUCAAGGACAUCGUGUAGCUAUCGGGUAGACGUAGGAUAAGAAUCCGUAUGUAUUCUCGUGCAUCUAUCACUUGCUUUUUAGUUUAUAGUUGGCUUGCAUCUCGGAGAAAAAGACAGUUUGCACUGGAUUUUACCGUAAAUCCUAGACUCUUUGGAUUUUGUCUUUUAAUUUCUCCCUGCGAACUGAGCUUUCCUUUCGACUUACCAUUGUUUUUGUUUUGUUUUUGCUUUACCAUGGCAUCUCUCUGUCCAUGCUGAAUAAAAGUUAUGGGGACAAAUGCAAACUCACUUGCCAUAGAUAUAAUCUAACAACACACAAGGUUGUUUUUGUAUGGUCUUGUACAACCAACAUCUUUACUGCAUUAGGCAUGUUACAUGUCUGUUGUUGCACUAAAAAUUGUCAUACAAUUAUGAUAAGUAAUGAGAUUCCAUCAGUUUGGAUGUUGUCACGGCUCAUUUUAGAGGAGCCCGUUGAUGCCGAAAAAGAGAACCAUCUGCUGUACAUGACCCUAAAUAAAGGUGAUGAUAUGUCUAACAAC